GCGAUCCCUCUUUCUGAGUUUCUCCCACCUUCCUUCUUAAAAGCUCCUCCCACCCUCAAUCCCUAAAACCCCUAAUCGAAGAAGAAAAACCUGUUUCUGAUUGAGUUUCCGGCACCUAUGGAGUGGGUUCGAGGUGAUACGAUUGGGUAUGGAAGUUUUGGUACUGUCAAUUUGGCGACUCAGGGGAAAAGCUCUGUUCAAGGUUCCUCUGCUUUAAUGGCUGUGAAGUCUGCUGCAACUUUUGACGCGGGUUCGCUCAAGAAUGAGAAGGCGGCGCUGGAUCAAAUCGGUUCUUGCCCGGAAAUAAUCCGGUGUCUGGGUAAUAAUUAUAGUUUCGAGAACGGCGAGGAGUUGUAUAAUGUUUUUUUGGAGUUUGCGAGCAAAGGGAGUUUGGCUGAUCAGGUGAAGAGAAACGGUGGUGGGUUCGGGGAAUCCGAUGUCAGGCGGCAUACGAAAUCGAUUCUUAAGGGGCUUCGGCAUAUUCACGCGAAAGGUUUUGCACACUGCGAUAUAAAGCUUCAGAAUAUACUCGGGUUCGACAAUGGUGGUGUCAAGAUCGCGGACUUUGGGUUGGCGAAGAAGUCCGGCGAAGCGAAGAAAUUUGAAAUUAGAGGAACUCCCCUGUAUAUGGCGCCGGAGUCAGUGACGGAGAGCGAGUACGGUUCGGAAGCGGAUAUCUGGGCACUUGGAUGUGCGGUGGUGGAGAUGGCCACCGGAAAACCGGUGUGGAAUUUAGAAAAACAGUCGAACAUCGCGGCGCUGAUGAUCAAAAUCGGAUUGGGCGACGGGUCACCGGAAAUCCCAGAUAACUUCUCCGAGGAAGGAAAAGAUUUUCUUGGAAAAUGUUUUGUGAAGGAUCCCAGAAAUCGAUGGACGGCCGAGAUGCUAUUGGACCAUCCCUUCGUCGCUGGCGAUGACACUGUCACAUUAAACUGCUCCGUCGAAUUGUCGACAUCACCGCGAGGUCCAUUAGAUUUCCCAGACUGGAUUUCCGUUCAAUCAACGACUUCCCCCUCGACAACGCCGGCGAGUUCAAGUUUCUCGGCAUUGUCGAGUUGUUGGGUUUCUUCGCCGUCCGAUCGGAUUCAUCAAUUGGCAAGCAAUCAGGUACCCAAUUGGUCAGUUUCUGAGAGUAGCUGGCUCGUUGUAAGGUGAACAAAUCCGACGGCUUUGAUUCAUUCAUGAUUCAUCACAGUUACACAUCCAUGAUUCAACGGCUGUGAUUCGAUUUGUUUUUGUAAUUCAGGGCUGAUGAAUUUUCAUCGAUUGUAAAUGAUUAGGAUACAGGAGAUGUACUUUUAGGACUGACCGUAGUUGCUGAUAGUUCCUGAUUGGUCACCGAGGUUGCCAGAGUGUACAGGCCAUUCUUUUUAUUUUUCGUGAAAUUAAAAUUUAUUGAAUGUCAAAUAUCUUCUCCAAUUUCUUUGUUCUUUUCCUUUCCCAAGAAAAUUUUGAAAUUUGC